UAAUUCAGGGGGUAGCUAAACAGCCAAAUUCACAUGAUUUUGCUCAAUUUUGCAGUGGUUUGCAUUAUUUUGUCUAUGUCAUGAACUCAAAAUUUCUUUAUAAAAUGACGAUUCCGUCGUUUCUUCUUACGUCAGUUAGCAAGCAUGCUUAUUUCUGCAGCAUCUUAAGUACAAAGGUUAUUCUUUACAGGGAAGGGGUUUAAAAAGAAAAGCAAACACCAUCAUGAUAAAGUUGAAUUAUUAAAAACAAAUGUAUUAAUAAAAACAGCACAGAUGAAUUGAGUAAAGUGAGCACAGAUGCAAUAUAAUCAAAAAUGAUCGAAUAAACGUGUAGCCUCCUUCAUCAAAAUAAAAUGAAUGAUUAAAAUCAGUGGAAGAAAGCAAAAUUUUACGCAAACUAUUCAAACAUUUUAGCACGAUUUACUGAGUGCGGUGCCUAAUUAGAUGUAAGAAGCUGCUGUCCUCCACUCUCCCAUCAGGCCCUGAACGCACCAUCCCAUGGGGGGUGUGGAUCCAGUUAUUCCCUGCUGACUGGAAGCUAAAGCAUGGGACGGCAGUCCGAGCAGUGAGCCAGCCGAGCCGAGGACAGGGACAGAAGCAGCGCCAGCUCGAACCACUGCAGACCCGCUCCAGCCCGCUGUCACCUCUCCAUCCCCGGCCGCUCCAUGGGCGCUGCUCCGUGGCGGUGAGGGGCGACGUCGAGCUGACCAGCCCAUGCCGGAGGAUGGAGAUAGAGAAGAGGACGAAUGGGUUCGACUACCCGGAGAGAAACAACGCCAAGUCCGUGAACGGUUUUUACAGUGAACAUCCAUUGAAGUCUGAACACAACGACAGCAUGAAUGCAGUCAAUGCAAGUAAUCUGGAUGAUCCAGCUGACCAGCGUACUUGUCUUAUCUGUGGAGAUCGCGCCACAGGCCUGCACUAUGGCAUCAUCUCCUGUGAAGGCUGCAAAGGCUUCUUCAAGCGCAGCAUCUGCAACAAGCGUGUGUACCGCUGCAGUCGUGACAAGAACUGUGAGAUGUCGCGCAAGCAGCGCAACCGCUGCCAGUACUGCCGCCUGCUCAAAUGUCUGCAGAUGGGGAUGAACCGCAAAGCAAUCAGGGAGGAUGGCAUGCCAGGAGGGAGGAACAAAAGCAUCGGGCCUGUGCAGAUCACAGAGGAGGAGAUAGAGAGGAUCAUGUCGGGGCAGGAGUUCAAGGAGGACGCCCCGGAGCACACCUGGGGCAACAACGGCGACAGCGAUCACAGCUCUCCCAGCAACGGAGCCUCGGAGGGCAACCAGCCGUCGCCCGCCUCCACUCUGUCGUCCAAUCGCUCUGUAGAGAUGAAUGGCUACACAGCUGCAAUCAGGGACCAGUACAUCAACACCUCCAUGUCUACACACUACCAGCUCCUGCCUCACCUGUUCAGUUACGCUGCCCAGUCGGGCCUGCUGGCCGCCCAGCCCCGCAGCCUCUACCCACAGUCCCACCCUUUAGUUCUGCAGCUGGUGGCUGCUGAAGACCUGGCCCCCCUGACUACUCCUAUGCUCAUUGAAGACGGGUACAAGGUAACACAGGUGGAGCUGUUUGCUCUGCUGUGUCGCCUGGCAGACGAGCUGCUCUACCGUCAGAUCUCCUGGAUCAAGAAGCUGCCCUUCUUCUGCGAGCUCUCCAUCGAGGACUACACCUGCCUGCUUAGCUCCACCUGGCAGGAACUCAUCCUGCUCUCCUGCCUUACCAUCUACAGCGCCCAGGUCUUCGGAGACCUGGCCGAUGUCACUGCCAAGUACACGCCGUCUGACGAUGAGCUGCAGGGAUUCAGUGAAGAUGGGAUGGAAGUGAUGGAGAGGUUGAUAUAUCUGUUUCGCAAGUUCCAUCAGUUAAAGAUCAGCAACGAGGAGUAUGCCUGUAUGAAAGCCAUCAACUUCCUUAACCAAGAUAUCAGAGGACUGUCUAACAUCUCCCAGCUUGAGCAGCUGAACAAGCGUUACUGGUAUGUGUGUCAGGACUACACUGAGUACAAGUACCCACACCAGCCCAAACGCUUCCCCGAGAUCAUGAUGUGUCUGCCGGAGAUCCGCUGCAUCGCUGGGAAGCUGGUGAAUGUCCCUCUGGAGCAGCUCCCUCUCUUGUUCAAAGCAGUCUUGCACUCCUGCAAAUCCAGCCUGACCAGCUACAGGACCGGCCCGUCGCCCUGCGUGACCACCUCCUCCGGAAACUAAACCCUCCCCGACCGCCCGGGUCGAGGGACUGGUCUCCCUUCUUGUGAAUGUGACAAGCAGCUAGUUUGUUUUUUGUAACUUUUUUCUUUAUAUAUUUAUUACACGACAGAGCUGAAUGUAUGCUGAUUUACACUGUGCACAUGCUUCUGUACAAAACAAAUGCUCGUAGAUGCAUUGGUCUUUGGAGUUUACAAGUGUGUAUCCAGUUUGCUCAAUGUCUCAGUGUUGCCAUUUUUAGAGCUAGACUUUAAAAGAGUUUAUUUUAUUCAGACGGGGCGGCUAGACACAUGUGACGAGUGUUUUGAGACUACCUCAGGAAGAUGUUGCUAUUUUCAGGUACCUUUUCUUGCUGUUAAAUGAAGAGUUGCCCAGUCUAAAACCAAUCCCUGCGGAUGCUUUGGCACCUCAAUCAGAGACAGAAUGUUCAAAGGAGCUGUAUAAAUCGCAGUUUGAAGAAUAGUGUUUUGAUACACUGAAAAUGCAAAAAUUAAUUAGCAAAAUUGAGCUCCUUUAUCUGCAUGGCCUCUCAGAUGUCCUGCUUAUGAGAGGCAGUCUUGUCAAGUUAACAUUCCACGAGUUAAGGUGACAGUUAUUGGAUCUGUGGGAUCAUUUAAAAAGGAGCAUACGGGUAUUUUUACAAUCAUAGACUGGGGCUUUAAUGUAAGGAUUAAUUGCAGGGGAAGGGGAGGAUAGCUAGGUUUGCUUUUUUUUUUGUUUUAUUGUUUUUCUUUCUUGACCAAAGUGUUAUGCAAUGCUUUAUCCAAACACCCAUUGAUGGGUAGAGAGCUGACAGCUCAACAAAAAUCUUUCUUAUCAAUGAAGGAUCAGGAUGAGAAAUGAAUCAAUCUGUGCCAGAGGGGAAACCCUCUACUGGACAGACACGUGUAUCGCCAGAUUUCAUUCUGAAUGCUGCUAAACAGGCACACAUUCUUGUGCUCACAUAUAUGCAUAGAGCAGACGUGACGCUUCUGGUCAGAGGGCUCGUUUUUUGGAGCUCUGCAGCCUUCAUUGCCAGGAAGCAUGGUGCGUUUCACCUGCUCUCAACACACUGUAACUCUAACAAUACUGGCUUUGUGUGCUUAAGUGGCAGUCUGUGUAAUCUUGUGUUUUUUCAGUUUAUUCAGAAAUAACAAAAAACAAGAAAUGCACAACCUUCCUGGGUCAAAACAACAUAUGCCUGAAGCAAACUGAACCCACUGGAAUGCACCAGAAAACGUCAGCGUUCAUCCCUGCAGUUCAGCUCCAGCCAGAGUCGAGCCUUUUCCUGUGUUGACUUCGAACCAGUAGUUAACAUUCACGGUUCGAGUCAGUUUUAAACUAAUGUAGACUGUUUUCAGGUCUUGUAAGGUUCAAUCAGCAUUUUGCACAGACCCAAGACCAACAGCAGUUUGAGUCCCAUGUGACCCUGAUCCAAAAAGUGUGUCUGCUUCUCAGGUCUUAGAAGGCAUGGCUGACCCAAACACCCGCAGAUGACAUAUAUUUGAUGAAAAAGGUUUCCAUCUAUGUGUUGAUCACUUUAACCUGGCUAACAGUGGGCUCAGUGUGGUUGACCCAGGCUCAAUGAAUGGAGGAUUUAGAUGACACCCCUGGCUUGCGUACCCUCUGUGACAGAUAUGCACAUUGUUUUAAAAAGAAUAGCCAUAGAAAAUGGUCUUUAUUUUUGAAGUAUGAGAUGAUCAUUUCAGACCGCUUCAGUCUUCUUGGAUUCCUCAAAACGAUUCAUGAUUUCCGAACAAUUUGAAAUGCAGACAAAAUGCAGUCCUCGCAACGACUCUCUUUUUUUGCACACACCGGUGAGGUUUGGAGAGCUUGACCCUUGACCUCGGCCCCUGCCCACCCAGUGUGUUCCUCUCUCCCGGGUCCCUGCCGACCUGGAUCUAAACAGGGUAAAGUGAGUGUUAUGUAUUGCGUUCAGGAGUUCCUCAGUGACCAUGCUGAUGUACUUUUAGUAUUAGUAGACGUAGGUUCCAGGACAUUGUAGGUCCUCUUGUAGAAAAGUGUUUUUUUUUCCUUUUCCACUUUAUUUCCCCUCAAGGUCAAUACCCCACCCACCCCUUCAUCAGUGAAAGUGAAUGUAGUUUGAAGGUGAGCUCUCUUGACGUUGGUGAUGGACGGAGUGAGAGGUGGUGGCAUCCUGAGAAUGUCACGGCUUCCAUCCACCAGUGGCAGCCUUAACACCACCUCCACUCCAAUGCAGUGCUCCUCCUUCAAAUGCUUCAGUUAGCCUCGUUUCAUUUUAAUUUUUAUACCUUUUCAUGUACCAUUGUAGUUAUUGUGAAUGUUUUGGGGUUUUGUUGUUUUUCACAUAUUCAUUGUCUUUUUAUUUUAUUUAGUUUUUUGAGUGAAGACAAGCCGAAUCAUUUUCUAAGCUUUGAAUGAAUUCUGAACUUUUCUGUGAACUCAUUCCCUUGUCCACAGCAUAUGAUUUAUCAAAGAAAGUGUUGUUCAGGCAAUGUCAGCCACAUUUUAGAUGGGCAAUACUCUUAUCUUGGAGCUUUUAUGUAUUCUCUGAAUUGUUUUACACUGCAAACAUGAUGUUUUGGAGCGAUCAUUGGUUCUAAAUUUGACUGAGAUGAACUGCAUUUUCUACAAGUAGGAAAAUGUGAAAUUGGACUUCUAGGAAGCAACCUCAGGACUGGAUUAAAGAGGGUUUUUUAUAUCCAAGUUAAAACAAAAAAAAACCUACUUUCUUUACUUGCCUUUGUGGCUUGUAGCCAUGUUGAUGGUUUUGGUUUUAUCUGCCCUUUCUUUGAGAUAUCCGCCUCCAUCUCAAACACCCAAGACGAGUUGGACUUCAUUGUGGCCUUCACUUUAUGAAGUUACUGAGAGCCUUUAGUUUCCAGACAUAUAAUUAGGAGACACAUCUAGUGAAAUCCAUUUGAAUGAAUUCCAUUCAUCUCCUUUGUGUUGGUGUAGAUAAAGAAAUUUAAAAGACUGCCCUCCAAAUACCAAACUAUCUGCAUGGCUAUGUACAACUAGAUGUACGUGAGGAAUGUGGUUUUCUUGUACUUUUAGUAAACUGACCUUUUAGACCACAUAAUCUCAGGGAUGGGUAAUUUUAUGGAACAAAACUCUGUGGAUGUGAUUUUAUAGAUCCUCCUUAAAUUCAGUGCUUUACCACUGCUAAGAAGCAUGUUAACUGUCAGGCUUCAGUGUCUGAACAGAAACACUGGGGGAAAUUUCGGCUGCUAGAGAAAGGUUCAGGGUGGCCAACAACAAAGUCAAUUCAGGAAUGCACUGAAUAUAACACACUGCUGAGAUCUGACAGUGGAAGAGGAUCUAAAGGGGAAUUUUGUCCUUUAAUGUAGCAGCAAAUGAUAUCUACCAGUCAGCACCAAAAGCCUCACCACAGCUACCUUACUGCCGCUUUCUGUCGUAUUUUGAUACACACAUGCUGGAGAAAGUGUCCUUUUUGUUUCCUGUACUUUUAUUUUUUGUUUGCAGACAAGGGAUAUGUCAUUUGCAAUUUCUGAAACUACCUCUUUAUUUGUCAUCAUGUUGCUUACUUUCAAAUGAUUUUGUUUUAUUUAUUGGUUUCAUUGCACCAAUGUUCUGUUAUUUUGUGUCUCUUGUUCCACUCAGUGACCUCUCAGAUUUAUCAAGCAGCAUUGGUUGUUUCUUCUUUUUUUUUCUUGAAAACAUUUUGCCUCAUUUACCUCUCUACCUCAGACUUGCCUGCUAUUUGUCAGCAGCUUUUACAUCUUGCAUCAGGGAUCCUCUUCCAACCCCCCCCCCCCCCCCCCCCCUUUUUUUUAAAUGAGCGUCAUCUGAUAUUUCUCUUCUGCCCUGUUAUUGUGAUUCUAAUACCAAAGAUGAAAGAAUGUCAAUGACAAUGUCAGUGUACUGAUUAAGCAUUCACGUGAUGUGUUCCCACUGCAGUUAAACGCUGCUUUAUUUUUCUGCGUUGACCUUAUCGGAAUGCGUCUCGUUAUCUUGUGAAUGGCUGUUUGCUGUGCACACUGAAUUCUCCACAUCAUGAUACGCCGGCGUGUUUUCCCCCCAUUGUUCUUCAUGAAUGUUGUUUGUUGGUGAGACAGUUCAAGGCAACAAUGGGAGCGCCAUCAUAUCUGACUCUGUCAAUGCUGCUUGUGAUCGAUUAUCAAUCGGAGAAUGUAACUGUGGUCAAACUGACAUCUCCUUGUGUUUACAUGCUCUGGCUCGCGUGUGUGACCCUGACGCUGUGGCACGCGACGACCGACAGACUACUGUAGUGUUAUCACUGAGGUUGGACUCACACGAUACAGAACGUGAGGGCAACCCACAAUGGGCAGCUCUUAGGACCAGCUCCUUCCACCCUGAGGUUUAGUUGCAUCAUAUUACUUUUAAUACUUUUUGUUCUCAUUGCAGAGAUCUAGGGAUGCAGAGGGAACACUUUCAGUUUUUUGUAACUGAAAAUCAAUGAAGAAGCUCCAUUUGUUGUAUUUUCUGUACAUGUGCACAACACCGUUUUACAUGAUAGUGGCUACAACCAACAUUUUUGGUACUUUCAAGUCCAUUAUUUUCCUCCAAACAUAUUUAAAAUCUCAUCUCCUGACUGCUCAUGUUGUUUGCAUUGAACUCCUGUUGCAAUUGUCCCAGAUCUCAGCAAUGACAACUGAUAGGAAACUGUUUCAUAACCUGUGGGAAGAAUUUAAAAAAUGUUUUAAAGAUUGUACACAAAGCUGAUUUUUCCACAUAAGAAAAUGUAGGUAAUGUAAUGAGAGAGGAACCACCAUCUAAUCCAGUACUCCUCCAGUAAAGUGUCGGUUUAAUGAGAACUUAUGUGUCCAACCACGGUGCUGUAGCACUGCAAGAACCUUGUACAGGAGCACAAGAUGAGAGGAGUUUGGGGGAAGCAAGAGUAGAACAAAGGUGACACAUCUCAGGGAAGAAACAGAUUUACUUGCUGUCAUCAGACAACUGAAAUGCCUUUGUUUUUCUUUUCAGAAAUCUCUUGUCUGCUUUUGUUACUUUAACUACCUGUGAAGAAUGUGAUCCUUUACGUGUUAAAAGCAUGUGUAGAAUGUGUUAGGACUUGAAACCAAAUAAAUGUGAACGUUAUGCAAGUGUA